AUGCAUGUUCUCACAGCAGAAACCACGCUCCCCGAUACGUAUCUGGACGUUUUAGGAGUUGACCUUUAUGUCCACUCCAAGACCCUGAAGGAAAAAUCAAAGUACUUCGAGGCAUUUCUGGAUUCCCCCGAUAAAGCCACAAAGCCGAGCACAAGAGCUGGAUACAAAUACACUUGGGUGAGCAUGAUCGAUGAAGACGGUAGCUGGUACUUGGUAGCAGCAGAUUCAAAGACUGAGCCAUGUGACCUGUCAAAGCUCGAGGGCAACAAAGGAGAGCAUGUUAGCAACUUCUACAAGCUUGUGUGCGCUAUGUACGGAGCUCCUUUCGAUCUGAACUCCGACAAAGACCUCGCACCCAUUAUUGAAUUGGCAGACUUCUACCAGGGGAAGCCAGCGCUUUCGGCAGCAAUUGACGGUUUGCUUGACAGAGGACAACUGCGUGUCACUGAGUUCACUUGCCCAUUCCUUGUCGGGCCAGCGCUCAAACUUCGCCAUGCAAAGCUGUUCAGAGAGUGCAUCGUAUAUUUGGCAGGAAAUUGGAGCAUUCGGAUGCCCUACAACCCUCGUGCAUUUGGUCCCAAAAUUUUCGAAAUCGUCCGCAAUUGCAUGAAGGAGAUCACUAGGAAGAAGGAGUACCUAGAUGCAUCUCUCAAGGAGCAUUUGAAGCUUUAUCCAUGGUUGGCGGAAUACAUGUCUGCGGCCGCAGCCUGUGAGGCAACAGACACCCCAGCGUAUUACAACACUCUAUGGUCGAUGAUCAAGGAGAGUACCAAAUACGACCAGGAAUGUCUUGUGUGUGCACUUGCUGCCAUGGAAGAGCUGCUGGGGGAUAAGACAGAAUUGAGAUUCAACAAGUUCUAUCGUGGGGAGGAGUUAUACAACGACUUUUAUCUCUCUUCGGUUGUCGAGGAUGGAAAUCUUCCAUGGGAUCCAACUCAAGAGGAUUGGUAGGCGGUUGUUUGAGGGGAGGUUGGGCCAAAAAUCA